AUGCCCCCAGACAUGUCCAGUGUGGGCUCCAGUGUGGGCUCCAGUGUGGGCUCCAGUGUGGGCUCUAGUGUGGGUUCCAGUAUGGGCUCCAGUGUGGGCUCUAGUGUGGGCUCUAGUGUGGACUCCAGUGUGGGUUCCAUGUGGGCUCCAGUGGGCUCCAGUGUGGGCUCCAGUGUGGGCUCCAGUGUGGGCUCCAGUGUGGGUUCCAGUGUGGGCUCCAGUGUGGGCUCUAGUGUGGGCUCUAGUGUGGGCUCCAGUGUGGGCUCCAGUGUGGGCUCCAGUGUGGGUUCCAGUGUGGGCUCUAGUGUGGGUUCCAGUGUGGGCUCCAGUGUGGGCUCUAGUGUGGGCUCUAGUGUGGGUUCCAGUGUGGGCUCCAGUGUGGGCUCUAGUGUGGGCUCUAGUGUGGGUUCCAGUGUGGGCUCCAGUGUGGGCUCCAGUGUGGGCUCCAGUGUGGGCUCCAGUGUGGGCUCCAGUGUGGGCUCCAGUGUGGGCUCUAGUGUGGGUUCCAGUGUGGGCUCCAGUGUGGGCUUGUCUAACCCAUGCUGA